CUGCGGCGGGCGGGCGGUGAGGACACCGCUCCACAAGGGGAGGGGUGACUGCCUCCCCCGGCGGGAGGUGGCCCGAGGUCCCUCCAGCCGGCGAGCCCUGAGAAGGAGGGUGGGGUGAGGGGAAAAGAACGUCUGCAGAGUGAACGGGAGCAAAUAAAACGCGGUCCACUCCGGCUGGAAGGGCCAGAGCCGCGUCUAGGGGCGGAGGCCGCGAGGUGGUCCGCGGUGGCGUCUCUGCAAGGACGAGGCCUGGGGUGCCUGCAGAGGGGGUGACGUCCGCGGUGUGCUACCGGGAAGCCAGAAGAGGACGAGUGGCUGGGGGCAGAGAAGGGGCUUUCGGUUCGAGUCUCUCCCUGCUGAGCAGGGAGUCGGAGAGCCCGAGAAGGCAGGGAGGACAGUGGGCCUGGUCUUUUCCCGGCCGGCAGAGGGAGUCCCGAGAUGAAAAGUCGAGCUCUCGUCUAACGAAAAGCGUUUGCUUGGCUGUUCGGCUGAUUCUGUACCUCCCGGGGCUGAGGAAGAGCCGAGGUGACUAGAAGCGAGCGACAAGCGCUGGCCGCCUCGGGCGACAGGCGCCGGGCCCCGAGCCCGACCGGCCGAAUUCUCGCGAGAGCGGCCGCCGCCAUUUUUCCAUUGAUUGCAGCGGGCUGGGGGAGGGGCCGACGACGAAGGCGGCGGUGGCGGCGGCGGCGGAGUCGGCGGAGUCCCGGGUCCGUGUCUGCGCGCUGGUGUCUGAGGCUCAGGCUGAGGCCUCCACGGUUGCUGGAGCGCAGGCGGCGGACAGGAUGACUGCCGCUUCGUUUCUUUCCUGAGCUAGCUAGCCGCUACCGCCCUCCACUCUCCCCCGGCAGGGCGGAGAGGAGGCGGCCGGAGCCUGAGCGAUGGUGCCCGGCGAGGAGAACCAACUGGUCCCGAAAGAGGAUGUGUUUUGGAGAUGCAGACAAAAUAUCUUUGAUGAAAUGAAGAAGAAAUUUUUACAGAUAGAAAAUGCUGCUGAAGAACCUAGAGUCUUAUGUAUAAUACAAGAUACUACUAACUCAAAGACAGUGAAUGAACGGAUCACUUUAAAUUUACCAGCAUCUACUCCAGUCAGAAAGCUCUUUGAAGAUGUGGCCAACAAAGUAGGCUACAUAAAUGGAACCUUUGAUUUGGUGUGGGGAAAUGGAAUCAAUACUGCUGAUAUGCCUCCACUGGAUCAUACCAGUGACAAGUCUCUUCUCGAUGCUAAUUUUGAGCCAGGAAAGAAGAACUUUCUGCAUUUGACAGAUAAAGAUGGAGAGCAACCUCAAAUACUGCUGGAGGAUUCCAGUGCUGGGGAAGACAGUGUUCAUGACAGGUUUAUAGGUCCACUUCCAAGAGAAGGUUCUGUGGGUUCUACCAGUGAUUAUGUCAGCCAAAGCUACUCCUACUCAUCUAUUUUGAAUAAAUCAGAAACGGGAUAUGUGGGACUAGUAAACCAAGCAAUGACUUGCUAUUUGAAUAGUCUUUUGCAAACACUUUUUAUGACUCCUGAAUUUAGGAAUGCAUUAUAUAAGUGGGAAUUUGAAGAAUCUGAAGAAGAUCCAGUGACAAGUAUUCCAUACCAACUUCAAAGGCUUUUUGUUUUGUUACAAACCAGCAAAAAGAGAGCAAUUGAAACCACAGAUGUUACAAGGAGCUUUGGAUGGGAUAGUAGUGAGGCUUGGCAGCAACAUGAUGUACAAGAACUAUGCAGAGUCAUGUUUGAUGCUUUGGAACAGAAAUGGAAGCAAACCGAACAGGCUGAUCUUAUCAAUGAACUAUAUCAAGGCAAGCUGAAGGACUACGUGAGAUGUCUGGAAUGUGGUUAUGAGGGUUGGCGAAUCGACACGUAUCUUGAUAUUCCGUUGGUCAUCCGACCUUAUGGGUCCAGCCAAGCAUUUGCUAGUGUGGAAGAAGCAUUGCAUGCAUUUAUUCAGCCAGAGAUUCUGGAUGGCCCAAAUCAAUACUUUUGUGAACGUUGUAAGAAGAAGUGUGAUGCACGGAAGGGUCUUCGGUUUUUGCAUUUCCCUUAUCUGCUGACCUUACAGCUGAAAAGAUUUGAUUUUGAUUAUACGACCAUGCAUAGGAUUAAACUGAAUGAUCGAAUGACAUUUCCUGAGGAACUAGAUAUGAGUACAUUUAUUGAUGUUGAAGAUGAGAAAUCUCCUCAGACUGAAAGUUGCACUGACAGUGGAGCAGAAAAUGAAGGUAGUUGUCACAGUGAUCAGAUGAGUAAUGAUUUCUCCAAUGAUGAUGGUGUUGAUGAAGGAAUCUGCCUUGAAACCAAUAGUGGGACUGAAAAGAUCUCAAAAUCUGGACUUGAAAAGAACUCCUUGAUCUAUGAACUUUUCUCUGUUAUGGUUCAUUCCGGGAGUGCUGCUGGUGGUCAUUAUUAUGCAUGUAUAAAGUCAUUCAGUGAUGAGCAGUGGUACAGCUUCAAUGAUCAACAUGUCAGCAGGAUAACACAAGAGGACAUUAAGAAAACACAUGGUGGAUCUUCAGGAAGCAGAGGAUAUUAUUCCAGUGCUUUUGCAAGUUCCACAAAUGCAUAUAUGCUGAUCUAUAGACUGAAGGAUCCAGCCAGAAAUGCAAAAUUUCUAGAAGUGGAUGAAUAUCCAGAACAUAUUAAAAACUUGGUGCAGAAAGAGAGAGAGUUGGAAGAACAAGAAAAGAGACAACGAGAAAUUGAGCGCAAUACAUGCAAGAUAAAAUUAUUCUGUUUGCAUCCUGCAAAACAAGUAAUGAUGGAAAAUAAAUUGGAGGUUCAUAAGGAUAAGACAUUAAAGGAAGCAGUAGAAAUGGCUUAUAAGAUGAUGGAUUUAGAAGAGGUAAUACCCCUGGAUUGCUGUCGCCUUGUUAAAUACGAUGAGUUUCAUGAUUAUCUGGAACGAUCAUAUGAAGGAGAAGAAGACACACCAAUGGGACUUCUACUAGGUGGUGUCAAGUCAACAUACAUGUUUGAUCUGCUGUUGGAGACGAGAAAGCCUGAUCAGGUUUUCCAGUCUUACAAACCUGGAGAAGUGAUGGUGAAAGUUCACGUUGUUGAUCUAAAAGCAGAAUCUGUAGCUGCUCCAAUAACUGUUCGUGCUUACUUAAAUCAGACGGUUACAGAGUUCAAACAACUGAUUUCAAAGGCCAUCCAUUUACCUGCUGAAACAAUGAGAAUUGUGCUGGAACGCUGCUAUAAUGAUUUGCGUCUUCUCGGUGUCCCCAGUAAAACCCUGAAAGCUGAAGGAUUUUUUAGAAGUAACAAGGUGUUUGUUGAAAGUUCCGAGACUUUGGAUUACCAGAUGGCCUUUGCAGACUCUCACUUAUGGAAACUCCUGGAUCGGCAUGCAAAUACAAUCAGAUUAUUUGUUUUGCUGCCUGAACAAUCCCCAGGAUCUUAUUCCAAAAGGACAGCAUACCAGAAAGCUGGAGGUGAUUCUGGUAAUGUGGAUGAUGAUUGUGAAAGAGUCAAAGGACCUGUAGGAAGCCUAAAGUCUGUGGAAGCUAUUCUAGAAGAAAGCACUGAAAAACUCAAAAGCUUGUCACUGCAGCAACAGCAGGAUGGAGAUAAUGGGGACAGCAGUAAAAGUACUGAGACAAGUGACUUUGAAAACAUUGAAUCACCUCUCAAUGAGAGGGACUCUUCAGCAUCAGUGGAUAACAGAGAACUUGAACAGCAUAUUCAGACUUCUGAUCCAGAAAAUUUUCAGUCUGAGGAACGAUCAGACUCAGAUGUGAAUAAUGACAGGAGUACAAGUUCAGUGGACAGUGAUAUUCUUAGCUCCAGUCAUAGCAGUGAUACUUUGUGCAAUGCAGACAAUGCUCAGAUCCCUUUGGCUAAUGGACUUGACUCUCACAGUAUCACAAGUAGUAGAAGAACUAAAGCAAAUGAAGGGAAAAAAGAGACAUGGGAUACGGCAGAAGAAGACUCUGGAACUGAUAGUGAAUAUGAUGAGAGUGGCAAGAGUAGGGGAGAAAUGCAGUACAUGUAUUUCAAAGCAGAACCCUAUGCUGCAGAUGAAGGUUCUGGGGAAGGACAUAAAUGGUUGAUGGUGCAUGUUGAUAAAAGAAUUACUCUGGCAGCUUUCAAACAACACCUAGAACCCUUUGUUGGAGUUUUAUCCUCUCACUUCAAGGUCUUUCGAGUGUAUGCCAGCAAUCAAGAGUUUGAGAGCGUCCGGCUGAAUGAGACACUUUCAUCAUUUUCUGAUGACAAUAAGAUUACAAUUCGACUGGGGAGAGCACUUAAAAAAGGAGAAUACAGAGUUAAAGUGUACCAGCUUUUGGUCAAUGAACAAGAGCCAUGCAAGUUUCUGCUAGAUGCUGUGUUUGCUAAAGGAAUGACUGUCCGGCAAUCAAAAGAGGAAUUAAUUCCUCAGCUCAGGGAGCAGUGUGGUUUAGAGCUCAGUAUUGACAGGUUUCGUCUAAGGAAAAAAACAUGGAAGAAUCCUGGCACUGUCUUUUUGGAUUAUCAUAUUUAUGAAGAAGAUAUUAAUAUUUCCAGCAACUGGGAGGUUUUCCUUGAAGUUCUUGAUGGGGUAGAGAAGAUGAAGUCCAUGUCACAGCUUGCAGUUUUGUCAAGACGGUGGAAACCUUCAGAGAUGAAGUUGGAUCCCUUCCAGGAGGUUGUAUUGGAAAGCAGUAGUGUUGAUGAAUUGCGAGAGAAGCUUAGUGAAAUCAGUGGGAUUCCUUUGGAAGAUAUUGAAUUCGCUAAGGGUAGAGGAACAUUUCCCUGUGAUAUUUCUGUCCUUGAUAUUCAUCAAGAUUUAGACUGGAAUCCCAAAGUUUCUACCCUGAAUGUCUGGCCUCUUUAUAUCUGUGACGAUGGUGCAGUCAUAUUUUAUAGGGAUAAAACUGAAGAAUUAAUGGAAUUGACAGAUGAGCAAAGAAAUGAACUGAUGAAAAAAGAAAGCAGUCGACUCCAGAAGACUGGACAUCGUGUAACAUACUCACCUCGUAAAGAGAAAGCACUAAAAAUAUAUCUGGAUGGAGCACCAAAUAAAGAUCUGACUCAAGACUGAAUCUGAUAGUGUAGCAUUUUCCCUGGGGGAGUUUGGUUUUAAUUAGAUGGUUCACUACCACUGAGUAGUGCCAUUUUGGCUGGACAUGGUUGGGGUAACCCGGUGACACCAGCACUGAUUGGACUUCCCUACACCAAUCAGAAGCUCAGUGCCCAGUGGGCCACUGUUUUGACUUGGAAUCAUGUUGUGCACUAUAGUCAAAUGUACUGUAAAGUGAAAAGGGAUGUGCAAAAAAAUAAAAAAAUUUAAAAAAAAGCAAACCUUCUAGGAAAUGGGACAGGGGAAUGAGUAAGCGUCUUUUAUUGCGGAUAAAUGUGCACAUAGCCGCUAGUAAAACUAGCCUCAAACAGGAUGCUCUUAGCUUAAUAAUAAAAGCCGUGCAAAGGCCAUGGAUGAAUGAAUUUUCUGUUUAUUUCACUGAUACACACAUUACCUCAUUGACAGUUCAGAAGUAAAUGCAACGUGUGUUGACUCUUGGAAAGCAGCAAAAAACAGGAGCUAAAGAAAAGAAAUUCGUAGAACCAGCCGUAACCCAGUAAGGAAUUGUGAAGUUGUGUUUUUAUUUUGUUUCAUUUAUUGCAGAGUAUUAAUACAUUAUUCUGGAAUAUCAAAACGUUUCCCUUAGACCGCUCCCAGCAGGUGGCAGCUCAGAUUGCUGCAGUGUUGUAAUUAUAACUGAUUGUACUUAAGUUAUGGAUGUAGAGAAUAUGUUUCAUUCAUUUAUUCAGCAUGUAAAUAAAAUUGAUCCUGUUGAGUUAUCAUAAUUGCAGUUCAACUAUCUCCCAUGGUUAUUCUUUUCAUGUAUCAUUCAUUAUGUACAUUUGUGUACAUUGAGAAGUAUAGCAAUCUAUAUAAAUGUAAUCCUCAGUGAGGUUCCUCAGUGCUAGGUCCCAUAGGAUUGUCCUUGCCCUUGUUAAUGAGGUUUUUCUGUUAAGUGGCUUCAAAUUUUUUCUCUUUGUACAUCUAGUUUUGAAGAUUUACUUCAAGUUUGAAUCUUCUAGAAUGCUUGUAAGUCCAGUUUUAAUUUUUAGAGUCAGUUUGUAGUUACAUGUAGUUUAACUUUGGGGAAACAUCUUAACAUUGUUUUGAAUAAACUUGCUAGUGAGGUCAGGUCAUGGUACAGACUGAUGUAGUCAACAUGAUUUCAUUGCAAAGUUUAUUAGAAUCAGCAAGUUUUUGCUUUGCUAAAUAAACGUACUCAAUGAACACAAUUCUACAUAAAUUUUGAAAUACCAUCUAAUUUAUAAAAAUCAAUAAAAAGGUUUUGGUAAAACUUUUUCAUGCCAGAUGCUGUUUACAACAAUGAACAUGCCAAUAAAACAUUUGUUCAUUCUGUUGUGUUAUUUUAGUCAUUAAACUUCUGUGGAUGAAGAAUCUGGGUUAAGAAUAGAUUCAUCAUCUUUAAAUAGAAUAUUUUGUAAUGUGUAUUGAAUAUCUCAUUUCUAUGAUAAAGGUAUAUUUACAGUAAAGUUCUCAAAGAAAUGAAAAGAUGUGUUAAUAUCUAACUUUGGGGAAUCCUGUCAGUAUUUCACAUCAGAUUUUUACCCUUUUUUUCUUAUAAGAAGAUAAAAUUUUUUCUUAUAAGAAAGAUAAAAUUAGAAAAUAGUGUUAGCAGACAUGGCUCUGCCAUUUGAAUAUAAUUGGUGAGAAUUCCAUAAUGUCUUAAAAGUCUCCUGGAAUCCACAAUUAAAAAAACAAAUCUUUUCUAAGGUAUUUUUCUGGCUAAUUUUUAUUUCAAGAAACUGUAGUAUUGAGCUAAAUUUGACUGAAGUAAUGUUUUGAGUUUGUGUUAGUGGGAUUGGUGAUGUUCUCAGAAAACUGGAAGCACUUGUGAUGAAUUGUAUUUCAGAUCACUUAGAUUUUCUGAUGUAAGAGGACAGCUAUUUGGUUCUGAUACAGGCCUGCUUACUUGGGAUAUAGGGUUAAUAAAUGGGGUUUCUGCUUUAAAGGACUGACUUGCUAUCGCACUGAGGAGGCAGACUUGUAAACAAAAUGGGCUUUGGAGUUUGGUCUGAUUGGCUUUGGUUUAGUAUUCCUAUGAGAGUAAAUGGUAAAAUUCUUCUGAUACCCGCUCCUUAGACUGUGCCUUCUGCUCUGUUCUGUUCUGUGUUUAACUGCUGCUUCUAAUUGCAGGUGUAUUACAGAUACAAAUAAGAAUAAAGAAAAUAUAUUUCAUUAUAGAAAAGAAAAAUUAAAAGCUUCUUGCUUUUCAGUGCCUGAUAGAGUGAAAAGACAAUGUUGCACUUUAAUGAUUUUAAUAAAAGCUAAUCUCUGUCAGCCUCCCUCUGCUUCAGAGAAUCAGGUGAGCACCCAUAACCUAACAGGCAGAGCCCCAGCAGUGUAGAUCGAGUUCCUUGAGCCCAGGAGCAGUGGAACCUCAUGAUCUCUUACCUUCUGAGGCUGAGGCAGGCCACAUGCAACAAAUUGUGACCCUGCUCCCCACAAGUUGUGCAAAGGUUUUGAAGAGCUUUUACCGUGGGGCAGAUGAACUUAUGUCAAUCAUGCACACCCUGUGAGAACCAAGUACCUGCGUUUCUAAGGCAGACACUCAAGGUGAGCGGCGCAUUCUGGCCAAAGAAACGAAAGCUGUGGUUUCAGGACCAUGCCGUGUGUAGCUGGUCGGUACAGGAAGUGUGUGUAAGAAAGAGCAGUGAAAACAGUGUGUGAAGCAGCCUUCACACUAGAGUGUUUGGCCAUUGCUUCUAAUGUAAGGGAAGAUACUUUAAAAUUCUGGGAAGCUGUGAUGAACCCAUGCCCCAGUCAGAAAAUAAUCAAAGGAAAUAGGCAUUGGUUGCCAGGCCACAGUUAGGAAUUGUAUUGUGAUACAUCUAGAGGCCAAGCGAGCAGGAGAGAGCUACCAACUUACACUGUGGUUUUAAGCUAAACGACCGCUCAGCAUCAUAGCAUUGCAGUGUUGUUACUAAAUCUGGAAGUGACCUGUGAAUGUAUGGAAUACAAUAAAAUCUUUUAUUCUGGCUCA